GCCGGAGCCCAGCUCAUUGCGGAGCGAAGCGGCAGCCGCGAUGGCAACCACCGUGACCUGCACCCGCUUCACCGACGAGUACCAGCUGUACGAGGAAAUUGGCAAGGGGGCUUUCUCGGUCGUGCGACGCUGCGUCAAACUCUGCACCGGCCAUGAGUACGCAGCCAAGAUUAUCAACACCAAGAAGCUCUCUGCAAGAGAUCAUCAGAAGUUGGAGCGCGAAGCCCGGAUUUGCCGUCUCCUGAAGCAUUCCAACAUCGUUCGUCUCCACGACAGCAUAUCCGAGGAGGGCUUCCACUACCUCAUCUUUGAUCUCGUCACUGGUGGGGAGCUCUUUGAAGACAUCGUGGCCCGGGAAUAUUACAGCGAAGCCGAUGCCAGUCACUGUAUCCAUCAGCUAUUAGAAAGCGUAACUUACAUGCACCACUAUGCCAUUGUGCACAGGGACUUGAAGCCGGAGAACCUGCUCCUGGCCAGCAAGUGCAAAGGCGCGGCGGUGAAGCUGGCGGAUUUUGGCUUGGCCAUCGAGGUGCAGGGGGAUCAGCAGGCUUGGUUUGGCUUCGCCGGCACCCCCGGUUACCUCUCGCCCGAAGUGCUGCGCAAAGAAGCGUACGGCAAACCCGUGGAUAUCUGGGCGUGUGGUGUGAUCCUUUACAUCCUGCUAGUCGGUUACCCUCCCUUCUGGGACGAGGACCAGCACAAAUUGUACCAACAGAUCAAGGCUGGUGCCUACGACUUCCCUUCUCCCGAGUGGGACACGGUCACCCCCGAAGCCAAAAACCUCAUCAACCAGAUGUUAACCAUCAACCCGGCCAAAAGAAUCACAGCCCACGAAGCCCUGAAACACCCAUGGGUCUGCCAACGUUCCACCGUGGCCUCCAUGAUGCACAGGCAGGAGACCGUAGAGUGUCUGAAAAAGUUCAACGCCAGGAGGAAGCUCAAGGGGGCGAUUCUCACCACCAUGCUGGCCACGAGGAACUUUUCAGUCGGCAGACAGACCACCGCUCCCGCCACAAUGUCUGCAGCCGCCUCCGGUGCCACCAUGGGGUUGGUGGAACAAGCUAAGAGCUUACUGAACAAGAAGGUCGACGUUGGCAAGCCGCAGACGAACAGCAGCAAAGGCAGCGCCGGGGUCACCAGCCCGAAAGGAACCCUCCCUCCAGCUGCACUGGAGCCUCAAACCACCGUUAUCCAUAACCCCGUGGACGGCAUUAAGGAAUCGUCUGACAGCACCAACACCACCAUAGAGGACGAGGACACGAAAGCUGCCAGGUUCUCUGACAUUUUAUUCACAGUGAGGAGGGGCUCGGGGCCCCUGGACGCCGAAGGGCUGCAACCUGCCACCAGCCAGCCCUGCCCAUCUCCAGCUGUCACAAACCCUCCGCCUCCCCAGCCCACCAAGUUCUCUGACAUUUUGAGCACGGUGAGGAAGGGCUCCGGGCCCCCAGACGCUGAGGGGCCACGGCCUGCCGGGAGCCAGCCCUGCCCAGCCGUGGCGACCCCUCUUGUUCCCCAGUCCACCAGGUUCUCUGACCUUUUGAACACAGUGAGGAGGGGCUCCGGGCCCCCGGACACUGCCGUCAGCCAGCCCUGCCCAUCUCCAGCCAUCAUGAACCCUCUGCCUCCCCUGCCCCGCAAGCAGGAAAUCAUCAAGAUCACCGAGCAGCUGAUUGAGGCCGUGAACAACGGGGACUUCGAGGCCUACGCGAAGAUCUGCGACCCAGGCCUGACGUCAUUCGAACCCGAAGCCCUGGGCAACCUGGUCGAGGGGAUGGACUUCCACAGAUUCUACUUCGAAAACUUGUUAUCCAAAAACAACAAGCCCAUCCACACGACCAUCCUGAACCCCCACGUGCACGUGAUCGGGGAGGACGCCGCCUGCAUCGCCUACAUCCGCCUGACGCAGUACAUCGACGGGCAGGGCCGCCCCCGCACCAGCCAGUCCGAGGAGACCCGCGUCUGGCACCGCCGUGACGGCAAGUGGCAGAACGUCCACUUCCACUGCUCGGGGGCGCCCGUGGCACCGCUGCAGUGAAGAGCUACCGCUGGCUGUUUUGGUUUCAUCCCGAAGGAGAUGGUGAUUUGAGCUGAGCCGCUAGCCGGGAGCAGCGGUGCCAAGCACGCGCCCGCAUGCACGUGUCCCCCUUCCCCUGCCCGUUUCCAGUGCCUGUGUUUGCAGAAAAAUACCAACAAAAAAAAACAAAACAACAACAAAAAAAAACCAACCCGACCCCACCCCAAGCCCAGCCCAGCCGUGACUUCUCCAGACCCAGCCACCCCCGUCCCUGCCCCCCGUGUCCGUCCAGCCAGGUGAGCAGGUGUUGCGAUGAAACUGUUCCGACUCUGAUACAAACCUUCCUUCCAAAGCCCCGCGCCGCCCGCCCCCCGCGCUGCCCGCCCCUGCACUGAGCGGCGCUCCGCCGAGACGACUUGCAUUCUCUGUCGAAGCAUGGACCUUCCCCGUGGUCGUGUCCCGUGGUCGUGUUUGCGCUUGGACAUCUGUGACCUGUUUUUCGAACCGUUCCUCGACAGCGGACUCUGCUCCCGAGCGCUCGGGCUUCCCCGGAUCUUCCCCUUCUAGUUGUGCUUGUGGAUUGUUCUGAUGACGAUGACAUUACUAUUCUUCGGACGCCUCGUUCGUUUCUUCUUUGGUGGGUUUGGUCGCUGGAGCCGUGGCUUUGCUGGGCCUGGAUCCUCACCCCGUCCCCCGCUAGCCAACGGCUGGCUUUCCCCACACACCGCCGACCCGGGGAGGGGGGUUGGGGGAGAAG